CAUUCUCUUCGUGCAUGUGUGAUGGCUGCGUUGUCUUUGAAUCUGCCACGGGGGUUCAGGUUCUGUCCGACGGACGUGGAACUCAUCGACCACUUCUUGAGGUCAAAGAUCACUGGGAAUGACCAAAAUCUUCACUUUAUUUCCGAACUUCAUUUCUUCAAACGGGAGCCCUGGGAUUUGCCAGAUUUCUCCGGCCUACAAACAGAGGAUCAAGAGUGGUUCUUCUUCUCGCCACAACACCGGAAUGGGAAUCGGUUGAACAGGGCCACCAAUGCUGGGUACUGGAAAGUGAGUGGCAAGGACGUCAAAAUCUGGUCUAGAGCGAGAUUGAUUGGAAUGAAGAAGAUACUGGUAUUCUAUCAGGGGCCUACUCCGAACGGCAAAAUUACUGAUUGGGUAAUGCACGAGUACCACACAACCCUAAAAGAGCUUGACGGCACCCACCCCUCUCAGAAAAGCUUUGUCCUAUGCCGUUUAUUCAAGAAACCAAACAAGGGUGGCAAAGCUGGACCUGCCAAGUUUAGACCAGCAGCACUGGAAGUGAAAGCUGAAGAUCACUCUGAAAAUUGUAAUGGAAUUACAUAUGACACUAUAGCAUCUAAGUUUGAGAGAAUCUGUUUUGAUUGAUGUUAAUUGGGGCUGUUGCUUAUUGUCUGAAAUAUUGUCUUCUGUAAUCUUAACAUACAUAGCAACUAUUGAGUGCUCCGCUUAAACAGCCUACUGCAUGGCAUAUAAUUGGACGACUA